GUUUCAUUUAUGUGUUUCGAGUUAUCUCAUUAUUAAACACGAUUAUUUAAUAAUAUCAAAGUGGUUGUUUCUUUGGACAAUCAACAAGCAUAGAAUUUGUAUAUUUGGCUUGUUUUUUUUUUGAAAAGUUCAACCCAUUAGUGCAAUUAAUCGUAGUAAUUGUUGUUUGAUUAUAAUGAUAGAUAUAUGACAGUAGUAUUAAAUAAAAAUACAUGUAUGAAACGUGAAGAUUGAAAAACGUGUAAGUCUAAUCAACGAUACAAAGAUUACAAAAUUAACACAUUGAGUGCGAAAGACGAGAUAUCUCGUCGUUUAUUAAACAUAGAACUACACCCAAAAAUGUGCGAUCUCUGGAAGUGUGUUGCGCGAAUAGUGUGCCGUACGCAAUGUGUGAACCUAAACAACUGUUUGCAAUCGGAAAUUACUAUCCAUUGAGUUGAACGAGGUCAACGACAAAAUUCGCAGAUCGAACAAAAUGUCACGGCAGAUGACGAAUUCCGACAUUUUGGAUUCCAAAGCUGAGAACUAUGUUUUCAACGAGUCCGCCAUUACGAGAUCAUCACAAGUAUCCUGGAAAAUCGAUGAAAAUGGUUGUAUCGUCAAUUCGAGUCAACUACAGCAAUCACCUUUAUACGAGGAAGCUUACAAGAGAUCGUUGGAAGAUCCAGAAGAAUUUUGGGGUGAAGUUGGACAAUUGGUCGAUUGGUUCAAACCAUGGACUAAAGUUCUCGAUAAUUCCAACGAACCAUUUACCAAAUGGUUCGUCGGAGGAGAGUUGAAUGCUUGUUACAAUGCCGUGGAUCGUCAUGUAGAAGCUGGUAACGGUGAAAAAACGGCUAUCAUUUAUGAUAGUCCCCAAUCAUCGACCAUUAGAAAAAUUAGUUAUAAUGAGUUAUUGCAAAAAACAUCGUUGUUGGCCGGUGCCUUAGCGGAUAUGGGUGUCGGUAAAGGUGAUAAGGUUAUCAUUUACAUGCCUCUUAUACCGGAAACGAUAAUUACCAUUUUGGCUGUUACUAGACUUGGCGCUAUCCAUUCAGUUGUUUUCGGAGGAUUCGCUGCUAACGAAUUGGCCAAUAGGAUAGAUCACGCGGAACCAAAGGUCAUCGUUAUUGCCAGUUGUGGUCUUGAACCUCAUAAAAUUAUUAAGUAUACAUCGAUGCUUAACGAUGCGUUGGAAUUAAUAUCGGUUAAAGAACCUGAAUGCAUUAUCUAUCAAAGAAGUAACGUUUGGACUUGUCCUCUUCGUCCUAAUCAAUACGACUGGGAAAAAAUAUUGAAAACUGCCAAACCUCAUCCCUGCGUUCCAGUAGAAGCUAACGAUCCUUUGUAUAUAUUAUACACAUCAGGAACAACAGACAGUCCAAAGGGAAUUUUAAGACCAAUAGGUGGCCACUUAGCAACCCUUUGUUGGUCAAUGAAAACGAUUUACGGUAUGAAUAAAAAUUCAGUUUGGUGGGCUGCUUCAGAUAUGGGUUGGGUUGUAGGACAUUCUUAUAUUUGUUACGGUCCUUUGGUUUACGGUGCUACCAGCGUUAUGUACGAAGGAAAACCUGAUCGAACGCCAGAUUCAUCUCAAUAUUUUAGAAUAAUAGACGAGCAUAAAGUAAAUGCAUUAUUUUGCGUGCCAACGGUAUUACGUGUUUUGAAACAUGCCGAUCCUGAUUGUACCCUUGGUAAAAAAUACUCUAUGAAAUCAUUGCAAACGAUAUUUGUUGCUGGAGAAUAUUGCGAUUACGAAACGAAAUUGUGGGCGGAAAGCAUAUUCAAUGUACCGGUAAUAAAUCAUUGGUGGCAAUCGGAAACGGGACACCCGGUAACUGCUUUAUGUCUUGGAUACGGUGUCGAUUGUUGUUUGCCAAAGUUUAGUACGGGUAGACCAGUUCCUGGUUAUAAAGUCGAGAUAUUUCGCAAAGAUGGUAGCAAAGCGGCAAUAGGUGAACUCGGUAGGAUCGUUAUCAAGUUACCUUUGCCACCUGGUUGCUUGUCCACCCUCUAUCUUGCCGACGAAAGGUUCAAAGAAGUUUACUUCUCAACUUAUCCGGGAUAUUACGAUACGAUGGAUGCUGGUUUCAUAGACGAACACGGUUACGUUUAUGUAACUUCUCGUGACGAUGACAUAAUCAACGUUGCAGGACAUCGUUUAUCGACCAUAGCACUUGAAGACAUCAUUUUAGCUCAUCCUGACAUAGCUGAUGCCGCGGUAGUUGGUGUUCCAGAUCUAACUAAAGGAGAAGUUCCACUCUGUCUUUACAUCAAACGUCAAGAUACAACAACAACAGAUGAGUUAAUAGGUGAAGAAUUGAUACUUAAUAUUAGACAAUUGAUAGGACCAAUAGCGUCAUUUAGGUUAGUUGGUGCAGUUAAAAAUUUACCUAGAACACGUUCCGGUAAAAUUAUGCGAAGAUCCAUUGCCAAAUUGGCACGUUCUGAAUUAGUUAAGAUACCUAGCACGAUCGAGGAUCGAUCAGUGUUUCACGAUAUAAAAGCGGUCUUACAAAAAUUAGGUUUUGCUUAUCAAGCGCCAGAUCCGGAAUGACGUCAUGAAAAAUUAACUCGAUCGAUUAACAUGAACGAAGUCACGAAUCGAACACUAAUCGAAUAACACGAAUGAAGUAUGUUCGUCAAAUAUGUUUUGAUUCUUCUUCGUUGUUGUUGUUGUUGUAUUACGUGUAAAAGCUAAAGAUUUGUAGAAUAGAAUAUUAUUUUUAAAAAAAUAUAUAUAUAUAUAAAUAAAAAAGAAUGUUGCUCGAGUAAAAUGUAGGUUAGGUACACAAAUCGAGUCAAAUUUAUGCAGAUGAAUUACAACAACGAAGAAUCAAAAUAUUUUUUUUUGACGAACGCACAACGUUCGUGUUAGUUUUCUUUUACAUUCCAUAAUGAGAUAAACUAUUAAACGAAUUUUCAUAUGUAAAUAUAAUUAAAUUUUUGUUUUAAUUGUUAAACUAA